AUGGCGAAACCUCCGAUACUGAAUAGCAUUAAGGAUGAGUUUACUGAUUUCAAUGCCCUUCCGGUAGGCCCUGUGGUAAGAGUCGCUCCGAAUGAGCUUAGCUUCAUCGCAGAUGGGGCUUGGGAAGACAUCUACGGCUUCCAGAAAACGGGACCAAACUUUGAAAAGAGUCCCCUCUUCAUUGGGGCAGUCAAUAACCUCGAUGGGCAUACAGGCAUCAGCCUCGCUCCAAACGAGUCUCACACGCGGCAGCGCAAAGCUCUUUCUGCACCGUUCACCAACCAAGCCCUACUGCAACAGCAAGAAAUCCUUCUGCUUCACGUUCACAAGCUGAUCGAGGUAUUCAAGAAGAUGGCUGCGAGUGGCCAGCCUGCCAACAUGGCAAAUUGGUACACCUUCACCACGUUUGACAUGAUUGGCGAUCUCUGCUUUGCCGAGCCCUUCGGGUGUCUGGAUGAUGGUGCCGCCAACGAAUGGGCAUCAGCCAUUGUCAACAUCUUCAAGUCGGCGGUGUGGGACCAAGCCAUUCGUCGCGUAGCCGGUAUCGAUACAUUACUACACAAACUGCUCGUGAAGCUCGUCGUGCCAGCAACCGCAGCUAAUUGGAGAGUGACACACUUCAAAAACUCGAGAGAAAAGACAUUGAAGCGACUCGCGGACCCGGACAGGGAACACCCAGAUCUAAUACAGCAUAUUCUGAAAAACGAAGGCUCUCGCAAAGGACUGUCACAGACAGAAAUCAUUCUCAACAUGGUCUUGUUCAUCAGUGCUGGUAGCGAGACUACCGCCAACCUGAUGACGGGUUGGACGUAUUUCAUGGUUGCCAACCCGGACAUCCUACAACGAGUAACAGCGGAGAUAAGAGCUGCGUUCCCCUCCGAAGACAAUAUUCGAUGGGAGGCUGUCAAGAACCUACCAUACCUUGAUGCUACUCUGAACGAGGCACUGAGGCUGUUCUCCCCCGCACCAGCCAAUCAGCAGCGCAUCGUACCCAAAGGUGGUGCGACCAUCGACGGGCAUUAUCUUCCUGAAGGUACCACUGUAGCGGUGGCGCCUUGGGCUGCUGUGCGCUCGCCGUUACAUUUCUCAGAUCCCGAAAAGUUUGACCCAGAGCGCUGGCUUGGUCACAAGCGGUACGCUCAUGACAAGUUUCACGCGUCACAGCCCUUCAGUCUUGGGCCUAGGGGCUGCAUUGGGAAGAAUCUUUCUUGGUUCGAAAUGAGGCUCAUACUAACGCACUUACUUUGGAAUUUCGAUAUUGCCGUUGCAGACAGCGAAGUGGCGCGUGUAUCCAAGAAGCGAUGGGAUGAUAAUGACAUGGACGCAUAUCAAACCUGGAUGAAGCCAGACCUCUGGGUCAGCUUAAAAGAGGUGACGCGGUAA